GCUCGCCCUCCGCCGGCCGGCUGGAGCGGCCAUGGAGGUCUACAUCCCGUCCUUUCGCUACGAGGAGAGCGACCUGGAGCGGGGCUACACGGUGUUUAAGAUAGAAGUGCUAAUGAAUGGAAGAAAACACUUUGUUGAAAAAAGGUACAGCGAAUUUCACGCCUUGCACAAAAAGCUGAAGAAAUGUAUAAAAACUCCAGAAAUCCCUUCUAAACAUGUUAGGAACUGGGUGCCAAAGGUCUUGGAACAACGGCGACAAGGUUUGGAAACAUACUUACAGGCUGUCAUUCUGGAAAAUGAAGAGCUUCCCAAACUGUUCCUUGAUUUCCUAAACGUGCGACACUUGCCCUCGCUACCAAAGGCAGAGAGUUGUGGAUCUUUUGAUGAGACGGAAUCUGAAGAAUCAAGCAAACUGUCCCACCAGCCCGUGCUGCUCUUCCUCAGGGAUCCAUUCGUCUUGCCUACAGCCAGCGAUUUUCCAAAUGUGGUUAUUGAAGGGGUCCUCCAUGGGGUAUUUUACCCCCAUCUACAGCCCAGGUAGAAAUCCUCCACGGCUAGAAGCAGCUGAAGCGGGUUUCACGGAAAUCGAUAUCUGCCAAAUUAACCUAAACUCUAGGACAUAACAGCUCUAGCUCCAGUCAAAUUCACAGCCCCAGCUUAAGGCAGGGCAGGGACAUUUCCAUUAGAAUGGUGCUUUUAAAAAUAGAACCUGAACCUGGGCGGUGCUGAGGUUAAGGCCAAGUGUUUGAGACAUAGAAGGUAACUGCCAAGUUUCGAAACUGUAGGCAAUGGGGGGGAGGGGCAAGUGUAACAAAACAGAAGUUACUCUGUGCUUUAGUUGCACUGUUUGCUGAUUGAACAUCUUACCCGGAAGCACGGCUGAGACCUAUCUGCUUCGGUAGCUUUUUUUGUUGUUCGGAUUUUAGGAUGCCGGUCUUUUCAUCAUGAGAUUUUCUCGGUCAGUGAUAGGUACAUUCCAUGCGAGGGUCACAGAAACAGCCUGUGCUCGAUGUGAGGACGGACCUAACUGGAAAUUAAACUAUGCUGACGAUGUUAGGGCAUUUUUAAGACUCUUGUCUUUGCGAUUCCCACGGCAGUGGAGUUGCUUCAUACCCGGGGCUUAGCUUCUAGUGUCAGGACCUAAGAUGAAAUGGAACGUGGAGAGCAAAGGCGCCUGAUGGGAAAUCUGCGCAUCCAACACAACCAGGUUUUCCUCCGGUGUUGGAAGAAAGGACAGUUUCUUCCAUUGAAGACCAUUUGACAUUGUCUUUGGUGUUCGUUUAGGGCAAUGUUGCCUAGAACCGCAUACCUUUCAACACUAGAAUCAGUCACCCUGCGCUCUCCAGGCUGCUUGUCUUCUGAGAGACGGACGUGAA